AAACAUUGUUUAUGAAUUGACCAAACAAAACCACGUGUUUGAAACACACGCACGCGUUGUUGACGAAACAAAUCAUCAUCUGUGUUGAUAAUUUUAAAGAUUCUUUUAGAUUUUGACAGAAUUUAAUUUCAAUUUUUAAAUCAUCCAUUUUUAAUAAACUAAUUUAUUGUAAUUUAAAGUUGAAUUUUUAUUGUGUUAUUAGUGUGUGUGUGAAAACAGAAUGCCACUCAAGGAGGAAAAUUUUCCUCGAUCAAAGCCAUCGAAACAUCCAACGUCCAUCGUUCCAGCAUAUCAACCAUCAAUUGCUGAAGAUGAACAAUUGUUCAAAAGCAGGAAAAGGAAAACAGAAUCUAAACCAGUCCAGCCAAAGAAACGAUCUAAAAAAACUGUGAAAAGACAUGAAACAAAUGAACAGAAUCAAGAAAAUCUCAAAAAGACGGUGAUUGAAAAUUUAACAUUGAGUCGUUUGAUUGAAAAUACGGUUAUACUUGGUUGCAUUCAAGAGAUUACCGAUUUUGAAUUGAAAUUUUCUAUCACAGGUGGAAUCGAUGUUACCGUUCCCAUAACAAAUAUUUCGACAUCUUACAGCCAAUUGAUUGAAAGUUUUGCUAACAAUGAAAAUGAAGAUAGUGUAGAGAUUGCCAAAUUGGCUUCAUUAUUUAAUUUGGGGCAAUAUUUUCCCAUUCGAAUUCUGUCCAAAAGAAUUUGUGAUAAAUUUGGCCAUGCUGAAGUUAUCGGUUCAAUUAAUCCGAAAGAUGUUUAUCAUAAUUUUACUUCCAGGACUUUUCAAAAAUUACCAUCCGGAUAUAAUUUAAUUGCGGCCGUUCUAAGCAAAGAAGAUCAUGGCUACUUAAUGGAUAUUGGUAUUGAAGAUUUAAAAGCAUUUUUACCUAAUGAAGAUCUUGAACAGAAUAAUUUCACUACACUUAAUAUUGGCCAAGUAAUUCAUUGUUCAGUAUCGACCGUCAACGAACGAAGUCUUACACUGACUACUGAUCAAACAAAGGGAAAAAAAUUCUGCAUUGAAGAUGAUCAUCAGCCGGGCAUUCUUUUUUAUUCUCCGGGAAUCAAUACGAAUGCAAUAAUUACCGAAACUUUUAAUCAUGGAAUUGAAUUAGGAUUGCCCGGAGGUUAUAAAGGUUUUGUACCUCGAUUUCACGUUAGCGAUGAUCUUUCUGUGAUGCCAAAACAAUUAAAAAUCGGUGAUACCGUUCAAGGCCAUGUAAUGUACGUACAUCCACAUACCAAACAAGUUUGCGUUUCACUUAAAUCUAAAAUGAAAAUGAAAAAAAUUAAAAAUCUUAUCGAUUCAAUACGAAUCGGAUCGAUUAUCGAUAAUGCUAUCGUUUGUUCUCGAUCUCAAAAUGGUGGAGUAAUAUUUCGAUUACCGGGUAAUAAUUAUUCAAUUGCAUUAAAAAAGAAUCUUUUUGAACCAAAUGAAUUUGAUGAAAAUAAUUAUGAUCGUUUAUAUCGAUCGGGUUCAUCACAUCGUGUACGAGUUAAAAAAUUUCAUCUUAUCGAUAAUCUUAUUGAAAUUUCAUUACGAAAAUCAUUUAUUGAUCGUAAAGAUUUAACAAUCGAUGAUAUUGAUAUUGGUACAAUUGUAGAAGGUGUUGUAAAAAAAUAUCGACCAGAUGGUGUUUAUGUAAAACUUGGUUUCGGUAUCAAUGGCUUUAUACCGAAUAUUCAUCUAACUGAUACACCAACAUUGAAUUGGGAAAAAAUUCGUACACAAUUUUUUCCAUUGAAAAAACAAGUUCAAUGUAGAGUAUUGAAAUUGGAUCAAACAACACGAAUACCGAAAAUAGCAUUAACAGCGAAAAAAACUUUAAUUAAAAUGAAUGAUGAAGAAAUGUUUAAAGAUUUUGAUAAAAUAACCGCACGAAUGUCAUCAACAGGUGUUGUUUGUUUAAUCACUGAUAAAGGAAUAUUAUUAGAAUUUUUUAAUCGUGUUCGUGGUUUUAUACCAACCAAAUUUCUUGCAACAUAUAAAAUUGAAUAUCCGGAUAAAGUUUUUCGCCUUGGACAAUUGAUAAAAUGUACGGUUAUUUCAGUUAAUCCUACAGAUCAACAUAUGGUCUGUUCAUUGAUCGAUAUUGAUGAAACGAAAAAAUUAAAAAUGAAUCUACAGAUUAAAACAAAAAAUGAUACAUAUAAUUCUAAAUUGAAAGUAGGACAAAUCUUAAAACGAAUGCGAAUAAUUUCUAAAACACCAAUGAAAGGUUUUGAUUUGACCGAUGUACAGGAAAAAAUUCAAGUUUUCUUACCGAUGGCUCAUCUAUCCGAUGAUACAUACAUUAGUCGUAUAUUGUUUGGAACAUAUAAAAUCGGUGAUAUUAUCGAUGAAUUGAUGGUAUUUUCCAAAGAUUCAGCUAAUGUUGUUUGUGUUACGAUGAAGCCAAUUUUCCUGAAUCAAAACUAUCCAUUGAUUAUGAAUGAACAAGAUGUACAACUAAAAUCACCAUUUCCUGCAAUUGUUCGUAAUGUAACACCUACUGGUGUAUUUUUCGAAACGACUAAUGCACAAUAUGGUGUGGUAAGAAAAAAAUUCCUUCAAGAUGGUUUUAUUGAAGAACCAAAAAAACUUGAUCUUUGUCGUGGUCAGACAAUAUUUGUCAAUGCAAUUGAUGUAUCAUCAUAUGAAUUAACUGAAUCAAAUGAUAAUUAUCUUAAACGUUUUAAAUUUUCGAUGAGACUUUCUGAUGUUUGGAAUAAAGAUUCCAAUGAAAGUAUUGAAAUAUUUAAAUCUUAUCUUAAGCAAAUGGAAUGUAUUCGAACAUCGAUGAAAAAUAUGGCCGAAAAUGAAUCGAUUCGAUUGUUGUCAUCCUAUUCGAUUGGUGAAAUUAUCACAUUCAUCAUCACAGAAAUCAAUGAUGAUCAUAUUAAAAUGGAUUGUAGUCGAACUGGUAAUAAACAUGAACCAACUGUAGCUGGUAUAGCUAUGAAACAUGAAAGUUUCGCCGAUCUAACUAUUUCACAGAUGGGAAUGGCUAUUGUUUGUGAUAUUGAUUUUGAUCGAAAAAAUCUUAUUUUAUUCAUACAAUCCAGUCCGGGAAAAUUGAUACGUCAGGUUAAAAAUUUUCAACGUUCAAAUUUAGCAAAAAUUAAGCCAAAUCAAACAAUAAAAGGAACAGUUAUUCAUGUUAAUCCAAAAUAUAUUUUAACCAUACUUGGUGGUCAUUUACCUGGAUUGAUUGCCUAUGUACCAGCACGAAAACAUUACAAUGACCUAAGACAUGUAGAAAAAUUAUUUACAAUCAAUUAUAGUUAUCAAUUUAUGAUUAAACAUUUCGAUUAUAAUGAUAAUCAUAUCGAAAUAUUGGUAUCACUUCAUGAUCAGACGAAAAAACCAAAUGAAGUUCAUAAAGAAUCUUUGAAAAAAUCUAUCACUCAAUCAAUCAAUAAAUCGGAUGAAAUUAAUGAAAAUACCGAAGCAGUAAAAAACAAAAGUAAAAAUCCUGAAAAGCAUAUCGAAAAUUCAACAACUACAAUCGAUCGAUUUGAUUGGAAUGUAUUGGAUUUAUCGAAAUUGACAAAUAAACGAAAAUUUGAAGAAUUACAAACAAAAUCUGUUGAUGAUUUUGAUUUCGAUAUUGAAAAUGAUUCUGAUGAUGAAUCAAAUAAUGAAUUGAAUAGUAAAAAACAUCGAAACCGUGAUGAACGAAAUGAAGAGGCAAGAAAACGUGAAAUAAUGUUACGAGAAAAAGAACAACAAUUAACCGAUUUGGAUCGAAAACCAAAAGAUGAACAAGAUUUUGAAAUGGCCAUUGUUGCCAAACCAAAUAGUUCAUAUAUAUGGAUCGAAUAUAUGGCAUUUAUGGUCGAACGUAAAGAAAUUGAAAAAGCAAAAGAAAUUGGUGAACGUGCAUUGAAAAAGAUUUCAUUCAGAGAGGAAAAAGAAAAACUCAAUAUAUGGACAAGUUUAUUGAAUUUAGAAAAUCAAUAUGGUGAUGAACGUUCAAUGCAAGAAUUGAUUGAAAAAGCUGUUAAAUUUAAUGAUGCUAAAACAAUUUAUAAUCGUGUGGCAAUCAUCUAUGAUGAAAGUGAUCAUAAAGAUAAAGCUGAAAUGAUUUAUAAUUUUAUGAUCAAAAAAUUUUAUUCAGAUAUUUCUACUUGGAUUUCAUUCUUAUUGUUUUAUAUGAAAAAUAAUCAAAUUGAAAAAGGAAGAAAAUUAUUUGUUAAAGCUUUGGCUUCGAUCGAAAAACGACAACAUAUUGAUUUAAUAUCAAAAUUUGCACAAUUUGAAUUCUGUUAUGGUGAUUAUGAGAAUGGUAAAACAUUAUUUGAAAAAUUAUUGGCACUUUAUUGGGAACGAUUAGAUAAAUGGUCAAUAUAUAUCGAUAUGCUUAUCAAAUAUACAUUGAAAGAUGAUGAUGAUGACGAUCACCGUAAUGAUUCAAUCGAAUUUAUUCGCAAUAUUUUUGAACGUUUAUUAACAUUUAAAUUUUCACCACAUAAAAUGCGUUUUAUAUUUAAAAAAUAUUAUGAUUUUGAAAUGAAAUAUUCAUGUAAUAAUGAUGAUGAUCUAUUGGAACGUUUAAAACAGAAAGCGGCCGAAUAUGUUGAACAUGGCAAAAUUGUUUCAAAUUAAAAUUGCUUGUUUUUUUUUGUUCA